AUGCCUCCACAGACCUGCAACUCUGACACUGAAAGCAGUGACUUAUCUGAUGGACCAAACAAAUCAAGGGCCCCCACUGCACCACAGAGGCAGAUGCUGAUUGGUGCAGAGAUCCCUUCGCCAUAUGACAACAACAACAAUGACAACAAUGGAGAUGAGACACAGUAUAACAUUGACACCAUCUCAAACCUAAACCCAGAAAUGCUCAAAGGCAUGCUCAUUGAACUCACCAAAUGCAACAAAGAAAAAGACUCUGACAAAUAUAAGAAACCAUCCCACUGCUCUGAUUUCCACCAAUGA